GGGCCGGGCACACGUGGGGACCUGGGAAGGCUGAAGCCGUGCGUGGCCGUGUGGGCCCCGGAAGGGGUCCAGCCUGUCGUCCGAGGUGAUGAAGUCAUACGCAAACGUCUCCUGAUUGAUGGAGAUGGCGCUGGAGAUGAUCGGAGAAUUAACCUGCUAGUGAAAAGUUUCAUUAAAUGGUGUAAUUCUGGAUCACAGGAAGAGGGAUAUAGCCAGUACCAACGCAUGCUGAGUACACUGUCCCAGUGUGAAUUUUCAAUGGGCAAAACAUUGUUGGUUUAUGAUAUGAAUCUCAGAGAAAUGGAAAAUUACGAAAAAAUUUACAAAGAAAUAGAAUGUAGCAUUGCUGGAGCACAUGAAAAAAUUGCUGAAUGCAAAAAGCAAAUUCUUCAAGCAAAACGUAUACGAAAAAAUCGCCAAGAGUAUGAUGCUUUGGCAAAAGUGAUCCAGCAUCAUCCAGAUAGGCAUGAGACAUUAAAGGAACUAGAAGCUCUGGGAAAAGAAUUAGAACAUCUCUCGCAUAUUAAAGAAAGUGUUGAAGAUAAGCUGGAAUUGAGACGGAAACAAUUUCAUGUUCUUCUUAGUACAAUCCAUGAACUGCAACAGACAUUGGAAAAUGAUGAAAAGCUCUCAGAGGUAGAAGAAACUCAAGAAACAAGCAUGGAAACAGAUUCUAAGCCAUAAACAGGCUAGUCAUUCACCAUUCCCAAGAAUAUUGAAGUAUCAAUUCUUAGUGUGCUUGGAAUUUGUUGUGCUGUUGAGAUAAAGUCUUGGCAGUAAACUACUUUGCUUUUAAAUAUUAAUGCACAGUUCUUUCAUAUUUCCUUACAUAAAGAAAAAUGACUUCAGUAUAGAUUUGUUGUUAUUUAAAUGCCUUUUUUAUUCUUAAACUUAAAAGAUUGGAAGCAACAUCCAAAAUGUUCAAUAAAUGUUCAGUGUUUUCAAGUCAGAUAUGUUUGUGCUUAUUAGUAGUCCAGGUAGCUUUUAUUUGAUAACAUUGACUUGCUUACAGAAUAAGUUGAAAAUUGUGACGUAGCAGUUUCUGGACAUUACUGCCACUUUUUGAAAAUGAAGUCCAUGAACAGCCUUCAGAAAAACUAUAAACUUGAGAAAUAAUGUGCAAACUACCAGUGGAGUAUAUGCAUUGUGAGAGAAGCUCCAUGAUAUUUUAAUAAUUACUGGGGUAGAGGUAAUUAACCAGGUAU